AUGACGGUCGUCCUUGUCACGGGCGGAAACCGUGGCAUCGGCCAUGCUAUUGUGCGAAGUCUUUGUUCUCGUAUACCGGACGCAACGGUUGUCGUGGGGUGUCGCUCACGGGAGAUUGCGGCGGAAUCCGUAGAAGAGCUGCGGGCACAAGGGCUCCGAGUUGAUGGCCUCGCGUUGACGAUAACCGACGAUGCGAGUAUCCGAGAAGCGGUGAGCACUGUGGAGGGGAAAUACGGAAGGCUAGAUGUGCUCGUCAACAACGCGGGUGCAGUUCCCGUCCCCAAAAGCCAGGAACUAGAAGAGCUCAGGUCCAACUGGGCAGAGGGUCUGGACUGCCUGUUGACUUCCCCGAUGCUGGUCACAAAGGCGUUCAUACCACUUCUGCGCAAAUCAGGAUGGGGAAGGGUCAUCAUGGUUUCCAGCGCGCGUGGCAGCUUGACAAGAAACAGGGCGCUAGACAUGCCACCGUCACAACACUGGAUGUAUGACUGCUCCAAAGCGGCACUCAACCUGGCUAUGAUCGAAUUUCGAAAUUCCGAGGUGCGAGAGAUUCCGCAAGAGAAGGACCGCAUCACCUUUUGGGCCGUGAGCCCGGGGCAUUGCAGGACGGGAUUCAAUGGCUUUCGGGGUACUAAGGAUCCCCUAGAAGGUGCUGAGGCAGUUAGUAGGCUUCUCGCCAGUAGGCGGGCCGAGAUACCGUCGGGGACGUUCUGGGAGUGCGAGUAUGGCAAUUUCCAGCAGAUCCCGUGGUGA